GUCGAAUCUAUACCUUUUGGGGCCACUAGUUUGCUUCACCGAUAAACCCUGAUCUAAGAGAACACAACAAAUGCAGAACGUCAAUUACGAUGGAAGAAGUCAUAAUGAUGCUACACCGUCCUUUUCAAUUCGUCCCCUUAAGUCAAACCCGUUGCUUUUCUGUCAAAAGGCUUUCUUUCUUGCUUUCUUGGCUUCCUCCGCGAUCUCCACCGUGCCUCCCCCCACACUGAUGUGUUUAUGCAUUGGUGAUCUUCACUCUGUUCUCACUUUUGACAGUUUUAAUGGCGAUUUCUGCGUGUUCUCCUUCAGGUCGAUGGGUUUCGGUUUCUCCGGCGACUUCCGAUUUCAGGUCGUCGAGAAGAGUUGAGCAAACUUGAAUUCUGUUUUGAUGCUUUGCACGCCCCGGUUAGUACGUUUAUCAAUGUCGAGUGUAGUUUCAUUUGAUGAUCUGUGUGUUUCUUCUGCUUUGCUGUAUUGACUUGUUUUUGGUUCAUGUCUCCCUAGUUAAUACCUUUCCCGGAGAAGUAUCGGUAGUACUAACUGCAUUUUGUUUGGUGUUUGAGUGGCCAAUUGUAUUUCUUGUUGUAAUUUUAAUUGUUGCUCUUUUGGAUGGCAAUGUAGAUUAC